AAUUAUUUCAUUGCAGUGGGCUGCAAUACUCGUGCCAGUUUGUGGACAAAAAAUGGCUCGACCGAACAUGUUGGGUGCGACUCAAUUUGCUCCAACGGUAGUUCCAUUAGUAAUAUUCGGCUUGGAAAUGGUGCAUGCUCUGGUAAGGACUGUUGUCAAGAUAUGUACUGGCCUCCCUCACUUCAGGUUUUCAAUUCAACUUUCGAGUUAAUAGAGGGUAAACAAGGAAGUGACGGGCGUAAACUGGCCUUCCUAGCAGACAUGGAUUGGUUUUAUUCCAAAAUAUGGAGUCCCCAAGAAAUCAACAAAUUGCCAAGUACUGUUCCUAUGUCGCUGGCUUGGAUACUAAAUAACAAUAGUUGGACAUACAACAAAGAUACCAUGGACGAUAAUUGCUACGUAACGCAAAUAAAUAGUACGACAAAUAUGACAGCCGGACGUUGUUCUUGCUCAGAAGGUUAUGAGGGCAACCCUUACCUUCAAUGCAGAGACAUUGAUGAAUGUGAAGACCGAAACAAUACUUGCCAUGGAUUGACAAGAUGUGUGAAUACAAAAGGGUCGUACAAAUGCGAACUUCAUCCUUUAUGGUUUACUAUCUUUUUUUGUUAUCGGUCUGGCCCUUGGAGUACUGUUCUUGCUCAUUGGUGCUUGGUGGAUGUACAAACUUUUCAAAAGAAGGAAGAGCAUUCAGUUGAAGAAGAAGUUUUUCAAACGGAAUGGUGGUCUCUUAUUGCAGCAGCAAUUAUCCUCAAGUGA